AUGUAUGAGAGACAAACUGCUUUGGUCAGUGUGGCUCAGUCGGUAGAGCAUCAGCUUGUGCAAGACAAACUCAUAGCAACACUUGCUGAUGACAUAGAGAUCAUCAGUACUGCUGCUGCUGCUGCUGCUCCUGCUGCUGCUGCUGCUGCUGCUCCUGCUGCUGCUGCUGCUGCUGCUGCUCCUGCUGCUGCUGCUGCUGCUGCUGCUGCUGCUGCUGCUGCUGCUGCUGCUGCUGCUGCUGCUGCUGCUGCUGCUAUUACUUAA